GAAAGAAGAUGUUCCUGGUGCACGAAGUCGAUAUGAUGAUUUCGCGCUACCCAUAUCAAAGUGACACCUUAUGUUCACUUCAGCGUAAGUUCUUUUGUCCGGAAGACAGAAAUGGCGAUCUCUAAUGAUAGACAGGGCCUAUUUCUUCAUUUCCAUCGUUACCUACUAUAUCUCUACGAAAAAGCCCUCCGUGAAGAAUGCGGUUACAAAGGAUACCAGCCCUACUGGGACUGGACACUCUCCUGGGAAGAUCCGCGGAAAUCCAGCGUUUUCGACGGCUCCCCGGCAUCCAUGGGAAGUAAUGGUGCUGUUAUACCUAAUCGUACUAGUACGACCAUCUCCGCAUUUGGAAUUACUCUAGAUAUGCCCCCUGCUACCGGUGGUGGUUGUAUAUCCGGUCCUUUCUCAAAUAACUAUACUGUAAAUCUCGGUCCCAUCGCUUACGCUCCCUAUGGUCCCGAUCACGGUCUGGGAUACAACCCUCGAUGUUUAUCGCGCGAUAUCUCAUCGGUUUGGUCUAAUAAUACGAAGCCUUCCGAUGUUGUGAGACUCAUUCAAAGUAGUCCAGAUUUAGGAACAUUCGAUACAAACCUCGAAGCAUUAGAUGGAGUUCACGCAGGUGGUCAUUUCUCAAUGGGCGGGCUGGGUCUAGAUGCGUAUGCUAGUGCAGGGGAUCCAGCCUUUUGGCUGCACCAUGCUAUGGUGGAUAAAGUCUGGGGCUUGUGGCAGAAUUUAGAUGCGGGUGACAGGACAAAGAUGGUUUAUGGAACUGGGACGGCGUUUAACAGUGAGUAGAGCUUUGGAUGGGGUGGAGGGUUAAAAAUGAAUUGUUACUAAUCUCUGUUUCUAGUA